AUGGCUGUCUUUGCUCCAGAAACGAGAAACGGGGCCGACAGCAUUGCCAUCAAUGGCAUACCCCCCGCCGCCUAUGUAAACGGCAACAGCAACUUGGCACAUCGUCUCAAAAUGGAACGCAAGCAGUCUACUCCCAUGAUGCCUGCUUUCAUGGUUUCUGCACCGGGAAAAGUCAUUGUCUUUGGAGAGCACGCUGUAGUUCACGGCAAGGCCGCCAUCGCCGCCGCCAUCUCGUUGCGAUCAUACCUCCUCGUGACCUCUCUCUCCAAGUCGAGGAGAACAGUCUCGCUCCGCUUCCCAGAUAUCGACCUGCAACACACAUGGAAUAUCGACGACCUGCCGUGGGCGACCUUCCAGCACCCCUCAAAAAAGAAGUCCUACUAUGACCUAGUGACAGAGCUUGACCCGGACCUAGUCGCAGCUAUCCAGCCAAAUCUCGCAGAAGUAUCACCACACAAAUCUGACGAAGUGCGAAAAGUGCACCAAAAUUCGGCCUCGGCCUUCUUGUACAUCUUCCUAUCGCUGGGCCACCAAUCUUUUACAGGAUGCCUCUACACUCUACGAUCAACGAUCCCCAUCGGCGCCGGUCUUGGCAGCAGCGCGUCCAUCGCCGUCUGUCUGGCGGCGGCUCUUCUCCUGCAGUUGCGCACAUUGUCGGGCCCACACCCAGAUCAGCCCCCUGACGAGGCCAGGUUGCAGGUGGAGAGAAUCAACAGGUGGGCAUUUGUGUGCGAGAUGUGCAUACAUGGCAAUCCUUCGGGGGUGGACAACACCGUAGCGACUCAGGGUAAGGCAGUGGUUUUCCAGCGGACAAAUUACAGCAAGCCCCCGGCCGUGCGACCGCUCUGGGACUUCCCUGAGCUCCCCCUUCUCCUCGUCGAUACGAAACAGGCAAAGUCGACGGCCUUUGAAGUAGCCAAGGUCGGCAAGCUGAAGAAGACGCAUCCGGAGCUUGUCGGCAGCAUUCUGGACGCCAUCGACAAGGUUACGGUUGCAGCAGACACUCUGAUCGGAAAUGACAACUUCGACAACGAGGAGGAAGAAAGUCUGCGAAAGGUGGGAGAGCUGAUGACUAUCAACCACGGAUUGCUGGUCUCUUUGGGAGUGUCCCACCCGCGUCUUGAGCGUAUAAGAGAGUUGGUGGAUCACGAAGGCAUUGGAUGGACGAAGCUGACCGGCGCGGGCGGCGGCGGUUGCUCCAUCACUCUGCUGAAACCUGACGUGCCCAAGGACAAGCUCGGACGGCUGGAGACUCAGCUGGAAGAAGAAGGCUACGAAAAGUUUGAGACAACCCUCGGCGGUGACGGCGUUGGCGUGCUCUGGCCCGCAGUCCUCAAGAACGGAAUGGACGAAGAUAAUGAAGGAGGCAUGGAAAUCGACCAAGAGAGUUUCCUCAACGCCGACGGCAACGAGGGCGUCGAGAAGCUGGUGGGUGUUCACGGGGGCGUAGGCGAGCGAGAGGGCUGGAAGUUCUGGCGGGUUGAGAGUCACUGA